CUUAGCCGAUCCUGUCUGUGUAUGUCGUGAGCAUUUAAACAAAAUAAAAACUCUGCAACGACAUUCAUAAGGGUGACCCUUUUUGUGAUAUGAUAGAAUAGCUCUCUCUUAUUUUAUACGCAUCAGAUCCAAAGCGUUUUAAAAGAAGGCUACAGGUGGCAAUGUAUUGAUAUGUUUAUUGAAAAUAAGAUCCUGGAAGAGACCUGUGAGGCUACUGCACACAAAAAGAAGAUAUGUAUUAACUAUGUAUUUAUCAGCUAGAUGUAGAGUUCUGUGGUGAUACAGAAAGAAAACGCAGUCUCAAUUUAGCAAGUACCUUUGGUAAAAAUGUAUAAAUAAGAAAUCGAUUAAGCCACUGUAACUGACAGUAACAUGGAAAAUUGUAAACAUGGCAUUAAAAGAACAGUAUAUACUGAAAAACGGAGAUCAGGGAAAGGUUUUAUUUAUUUAUUUAUUUUUUAGGAGUUGGUAGUCAAUAUAGAGUUUCGUGCUUGUAUUUAGAGCAGGCUCCUUUAGUGUCAUUAAAGCACGGUUAAUUUUAUAUGAAAGUAUUUGGAUCUACAGUACAGUAUCGAAAAUCCUCUUCGGUUCACUAUCUUUGUCGAACUGAAACAGAAGCAAGUUCAAUUUGACUCUUUUUUUGUAUAUAGAGAAAGUACAAUUUAAAUUAUACAAUCCUUGAAUUAUAGGGUUUAGUUGGAUAGCACACCUGCUGUAAAGUCUUCAAAUUGUUUGCAUUUAUAAUUUUUUUUAGGUACGGUAUUAGAUUUGACAGUACCACUGAACCAUCAAACUGUAAUAUCUGGCACAAUUUACCGGCCCCAAGAUACCAGGGUGUAGAGGCUUGAAGCUACAGAGAUGUCUCCUUUUCUUCGAAUUGGCUUCUCAAACUUUGAGGGAGGACCCCCUGAAGUGACCCAGCGGGAGGAGUUUCAUCCUUACUGUGCUGUUUACAUGAAAGAAGCUGUUAAAACAGAGAAAGGACAGAUCUAUAAGCAACAGAAGCCGACGAUGUACCCUCCCUGGGACACUACCUUUGAUGCGCACAUUAAUGAAGGCCGGAUUAUGCACAUUGUGGUGAAGGACAAAACCAUGGAACUGCAUUCGGAGACCACAGUGGAGCUGAACAGCAUGGCAGCAAGGUGCAUGCAGAAUAAUGGGAAGGUGGAGGCCAUGCUAGAACUAACACCAUAUGGACGAAUGUUGAUGAAUGCCAGGUACUUUCUGGAACAGAGUGAUGCUAAAGGUCAGUCUGAGACUGAGAGUGAGGGAUUCUUCACAUUGCACCAGCGCAGGGGGGCCAUCAAGCAGGCCAAGGUGCACAAAAUCAGGUUUCACGAGUUCAUCGCCACCUUCUUUCCUCAACCUACAUUCUGCUCAGUUUGCCACGAGUUUGUUUGGGGUCUAAACAAACAAGGCUACCAGUGCAGACAGUGCCAUGCUGCUAUUCAUAAAAAAUGCAAAGACAAGGUGAUAGCCAGAUGCACAGGGACUGCAAUCGACAGCAAAGAAACAAUGAUGCACAAAGAGAGGUUUAAAAUCGACAUGCCUCAUAGGUUUAAAGUCUAUAACUACAAGAGCCCGACAUUUUGUGAACACUGUGGAACGCUUUUGUGGGGGCUUGCAAAACAAGGGCUGAAGUGUGAAGAAUGUGGAAUGAACAUUCACCACAAGUGUCAGAAGAAAGUGGCAAACCUGUGUGGAGUCAAUCAGAAGCUUAUGGCAGAAGCACUAGCUGUGAUUGAGAGUGCACAGCAGGCCAGGUGUCAGCGUGACAGCGAGUAUAUCCCCAGGGAGGGGCCUGUUGACAUCAGUGUACCAGGUAUCCUCAGAGGGCCAUCAGGUGUUUUGCAAGCACCCCAGGAGCCUGUAAAGAAAGAAGUCCAGGGGAUUGCAUGGGAGUGUCCCAUAGAGAAAAAAAUGCCUGAACCAGAGUGUCCAACAUACGCAGUGCCAAGGAAAGAGAUGCAUAAAUAUACCAUUGACGAUUUUAUCCUACACAAGAUGCUAGGAAAGGGCAGCUUUGGAAAGGUGUUUCUUGCAGAACUGAAGUCAAAAAAUCAAUUCUUUGCAGUGAAAGCGCUGAAGAAAGACGUCGUGCUGAUGGACGAUGAUGUGGAAUGUACCAUGGUGGAGAAGAGGGUUCUCUCUCUGGCAUGGGAACAUCCCUUUCUGACACACCUGCACUGCACAUUCCAAACCAAGGAAAACCUUUUCUUUGUGAUGGAGUAUUUGAAUGGAGGGGACCUCAUGUUUCACAUACAGAACUGUCAUAAAUUUGAGAUACCACGAGCUAGAUUUUAUGCUGCAGAAAUUGUUUGUGGUCUCCAGUUUCUCCAUUCAAAAGGCAUAGUAUACAGGGACCUGAAGUUAGACAAUGUGCUUUUAGACAAGGAUGGACACAUAAAGAUAGCUGACUUCGGGAUGUGUAAAGAAAACAUGUACGAAGAAGCACGGACCUGCACCUUCUGUGGAACCCCAGACUACAUUGCCCCUGAGAUUCUUUUAGGACAGAAAUAUGGGAGCUCAGUAGACUGGUGGUCAUUUGGAGUCCUGCUGUAUGAAAUGCUGAUUGGUCAGUCACCUUUCCAUGGCAACGAUGAGGAAGAACUGUUUCAGUCAAUCCGCACUGACGACCCUUUCUACCCACGAUGGCUCCCUAAGGAUGCCAGAGAGAUUCUAAUCAAGUUAUUUGUGAGAGAGCCUGAGCAGAGACUGGGAGUGAAGGGAUCCAUUCGCCAGCAUGCGUUUUUCAGAGAAAUCAACUGGCAAGCACUUGAAAACAGGGAAAUCGAACCUCUUUUCAAACCCAGAGUGAGAUCCCCAGAUGACUGCAGUAAUUUUGAUACAGAAUUCUUAAAUGAGAAGCCGAAACUCUCUUGUGCAGAUAGAACCCUCAUCAACAGUGUGGAUCAAACCAUGUUCAGCAACUUCUCCUUUGUAAACCCAAAGGUGGAUAGGCUUAAGGUUCAAUGUACUCCUGGAUUACCUGAAUAAGACAUUUCUGACCACAGAUGCAAUAGUUGGACUAAGUAUACUUGCAUCUUCACAGGGUUUGUAUUUGAUCAUCUAUUCUUGCUAUUUAAGUAUGUUGUGUUUGCUGAGAAACUGUAUAUCGCAAGGCCAUAUCUUGACAGGGAGCUAUUUUGCUUUAAUGAAGUAUCUUGAUGUUUACAGCUCAACAGUUGAAGAAUACCUCAUUGUUAAGCAGAGAACUAGGAAAGGGGAUAUCCUGAAAGGAACAGACACUGCAGAUAGAAUUUUUGUGUCCCUGUCGUGCCGCAGUAGAAAUUGCACUUUUACAUGGUUCUGUUAAAAUCUUGGUUAGAGCAUUUUACAAACACACAACAUCAAGAGGAAGCGCUCAGUUACAGCAUGUAUUGGACGGGAAAUCAGAAAUCUGUAGCAGCUGGGGAGUUAAUAACUAAGUGUGCUGUCAGUUUCAGAAACAGUGUUGUCAAAUCCCAAUCGUCUGUACAUAUGUAUAUAACAAAUUACAAGUGACAAUAACAAAAUAAUAACUGAGAUUCUGCACUAUCAUGCAGGCAUUUUAGGUCUUAUUUAUGCCAGUAUUUCUGAGUGGAAAACUGAAAAAAAUGCAUAUUUAUAAUAUAUGAAGUUGAAACUGUAAAGCAUGUGAAAGGCACAUUAUAUAUUAUUAACAUUCUCCUGGCAAUCAAAACUCUUACAGAAUCUCUAUACACUAUACUACACUAUACUAAUAUACUUUGUUUUGAGGCACCUUGGGUAACACUGUUUAUAGGUUAUGGAUUAAGAGUUGAUAUAUUUACAUUUUCAGAUAAUAUAUGGCUUGGUUUGUGAUAGCAGCUUUUAUCUCAUAAGUGAAAAAUGGCCUAAUAACACACAAGUGACUUUUUUUUUCUAUCACUUGAAAAAGUAAACGAAGACUAAACUCAAAGACAAAGGAGCUGCUUUUAUAGCAUCACUAUGGUAACCAGUCUUUAUCUUCACUGUGAUUUGUCAUACGACUGUCCCUCAAAUGGAAAAACGUUCUGCACACCUGGUCUAAGCAGAAAAUAGCUUUUUUUUUCUUUAAUCUUAAAUAUUCUUAUAAAACUAGUCCUCUUGUGCAUUGCUGAUGCUGUUAAUGAUUAACUGAUAGCACAGAUUACUGAAAACAUUAUUUGUAUGGAAUGGAAUGUUAAUGUAGUUAUGUUGUACAACUAGUUACCGUAUAUAUUUGGCAGCUGUGUACAUGGUAUAUGUAACACCCCUCAGUCUAAUUAGUACUACCAGUCCCACCAGUCGUGUUAUGUGUCCAGACAAAAUAUAAACUAAAUGUAUCAUGUAUGUAUAUUGUAAAACAUGUUCUUGGGUUAUUACCGUUCUGUAGGACUGCAUUUAUAAAGACUGUUUACCUCUUUGGUACACAAACAAUAUUAGUCACGCUUCAGAACCUCUUUUCAAUAAGAACAGGGCUUUGUCAGCCAUGUUUUUAAGAGCAGGGAAGAGUAAUGAAUUCCCAGGUUCAUAUUAUUCUUCAGUUAUCUAAAUAAUACAGCAAAUAAAUGUAGUAGACUAAAGGUGCAGAUAAACUAAAGGUUAUGCACACUGAUACGUAUAUACCUGUAACCAUUGUGUUUAUGAGUGUGAUUCAUUGUUUAGUUAUAAAGAUAUAAAUCCUAUGAUAUACGUCCUAUGAUCAUUUUAAAAAAUAUGUCCAAAUGUGAGAAAUAAUGGAAAGAAUUAAUAAUAUGUUAUACCUGCAGAAAUAAAUAAAAAAAAAAGUAAUCAUGCUAAUCGUGAUAUUUUGUUUCUGAUUGCAUGGCAAUUAAAUUGCUUUGCACAUUAGGCUGUGCUCCCCUCAUCACUAAAAGAUACUGCAAUCAGCCCAUUCUUAGAACUGUAGGGUAAGAGGUUCAGAGAUCUAUGUCUAAAGACUAGAGCUCUAUCUUAACUGCCUUUACUAUAAAGCUGGUAGAAAGGUGUUGGUCUGGGUUUAAACCAUGCCACAGUACAAAGACAACCGUCCCUACAUUCUGAUGCUGGUUGUGACCCCCUGCAAAUGAAAAUGGAAAUAGGUUUGGCAGCGAUGGGGCUAAAACCCCACCAUUGAAAUCCAUAUGCAGACUGUAAUCAGGUUAAUAGAUUGGUGAGUAGACUAUAGAAUUGGCAGUAUAAGGACGAUGUAAGAAUAUAGCUGGUUGAGUGUUUGCUCUAAGAUGCUGUUUAAAGUGCCAACCCUAUUGACCACAGCAUCCUGCAGAAAAGACUCAAGACGUUGCCCUCUAAAUUUUAGAUAUUUUUUCUCUCAGGGGCCUCAGUUUAUUCCUGGAGGCUGCUUAUCUACCACUAACACUGAUUUGCGCUCAUGUUCUCUGAGGCUCUAUUUUAGGUCUGCUACUUUGGGCCUAACAUUUAAAUGCUGACAUUUUGGACCUGGUAAUUCUGCAUGUUUCAUAAAUGCUGCAUCUGAACUAUAAACAUGCCUUAAUGGCAUAAUACAGCAGCUGCACCAUAUGUUUUGUCUGCACAAUGCAGUUCUCUUAUACACAGCGUUCAUAUUAUAUUGAAGACAUUGAUUCCACCUCUCAUUUGAAUAUCAAUAACUGAAUUAACAAAAUAAACUAAUACUGUAUUUGUAUAUUUCAAAAGGGGAAUAACACAUCUUGAUUUUCUAUGAUCUUUGGGUAUUAUUCUUUAAGGAAGCGUCACUCAGAUUACUUUCUCAAAUGAAGGUUACCUUAGUCACAAGAGCCUCUUGUGGUAUACUGGAUGUGACAUCAUAAGCGUGAAGUGCUUUUCCUGUGGUAAACCCCUUAUCAAGGGGAGAGGCUGGAAAUGAGUUAAAAAUACAAGUGGUGCUACAUAAUAUGACAAGAUUAUUAUUAUUUUCCACUACCCUUACUUUGCUGUUAUGCAAAAUAACUUCCAUCAGUUCCCAAACAGUGCUUGAAUGUUGGGCAUGUUGUUUAGGUAUCUCCUUGAGUAGAGUGGACUGCUGUCUCUUACACACACCUCUCCUGCCUUCAACCACUGCCAGGCCAGCUCAUUGUUCAAAGCUAUUGUUAAAAGCAGUAGCCAGAAUGAAAACCACACAGUAAGAUUUUCUGGUAUAUGACAUAUACAAUUAGUAGUAGUCCAUUUUAACUAUAUUUCACUAAACAGUUAAAUCGACACGUUAAGCCAAAUCUUAAAGACACAUUGUGUAUGUAGGCCUAUUGCCAUUAACAUUAUGAAAGCGGGGUAGUCAUUACAUACGUGUAUAAUCUUUGAAACAUUACUACACAAGUACAAUAAUCUAUAACAUAUGUCAACAAACUACUUUUUCAAAGGCAUUAUUAACUUUUUAUAUACAGUUAUCAGGUGAUAUCAGAGAAUUGUAUUGAAGCUAAUUAAAAAGUUAGUUAUAACACUGUUUUUUUUUUGUUGUUUUGUUGAGUCCAACAGCAGUCUGUUACCAUUUCCUACAUUCUAGUGCCCCCAAGUGGUUUCUAGCUAUACUAAACAUACAGGGUUAUUAUGAAUUUCAGUUCAGUAUUAAAUUGUAUUUUGCAUUUUCAUUAUCCUUAAAUUCUUCAAACUGUUUCUUUUUCACUGCACCCUGAUUUGAUGCAGUCAUCUCAGUUUUCAGUACAAUAAACGUUAUAUGCAAAAACGCAGGGGACUGUUUGUGAAGUACAAUGUAUUACAUCAUUUUCAGAAGGGCACCAGAACAUAAAUGCUUUAUGAAAAUGUACUAUUUUCAGAAUUGCGCAGGAUGAAAAUACAGCUUUUUCCAAAAUUGAAUUUUCACACUUUUGGUGAUGUUAUGACAGCUCAGAAAAGGGAUCAUUCUUGAUUUCUGAGUUGUUGUUGCCAUGGAAACAGUUUCUUUGUAGCUGCAGCACACCACCAGUAAUCAGUUACAGUAUGGUAGCAUGAGGAUUACAUUUAUAAAGUGGUUUGUUGUCAGAAGAUUACACACUGUAACCUUUUCUCAUUUAGGAUCUGCACAUUCUCCAAGAACAAGUGCCUGUCCUUGUGAACAUAAUUACAUUUACACUGUAGUAUUUAGGAAUUAGAAUAACGUUUUUGCACUCAGCACACUGAGGUGCACCGUGCUUUCAAAAUACCCUGAAAAAAAUGAAUUGCUUGGACAGUAGAAAUAUAAGGGCCUGUGCCUGUUAUCAGGACAUCCCAUUGUUUGACCAACAAAGUGUCUCGAGGGAAGUUAGUCAUUAAUAUUUUAGUCUUGAUAACCCUCUCUUACUGUCUUGUCACCGUGUCUGUCACUAUUUUUUUUUUUUAAUUCUAGCACAGCUUGAGAUAUUUAGCCAUCCAAUGCUGAUAUUGGUUGAAGUUUACUAUUAGCACUGGACAGCUCCAUGUACAAAGUUGUCUUAAUAACAAUUUGGGACUUGGGCAACAUCCAGUGCUGACAGAGGAUAUGUGCCUCAGUCUAAUGUUGACAUUGUAUGGUACAUUGCCUAAAGUUUGCAUCAUUUACUAGUUAAAUCAUGGCGUUAUCAUUACUUAUUACACAAUGAAUACACAACCUAUUUAUAGUAAAACUACUCAGCUUUAUUUAGAUGAAUCGGUCAAUGGGGAUACAUGUUUUCUUGGUGCAUUUUGUAAACUGAUGCAGACCACGUAUCAUCCAAUGUCAGAAUUGGACCAGGGCAGUGGAUUAUGACUGAAAUCCCAAAUUGCCAUAAAUUUGUGAUUUGUUCAGAGUAUUGAUCUGUUGCAUACAAAAAAA